AUGAACGACGACGACCAAGGCCCGCUUAUGCGCGGCAGCGUCGCGGCCGCCCUGCUCAGCGCAACCGCCUUCACCGCGGCCCGCGUCUACUGCAGCGUUAUCGUGUUGCACCGCACCCGGCGUGAGGAUGUGAUCAUACUGCUUUCAUUGGUCCCCACCCGGGCAAUAACAGCUGACGUUCGUCUGGCCAAGAUAUUGCUGUGGGCAGGCUGCAUCCUCACCCUCCUCGCCGUCGACAGCGGCAUGGGGAAGCACGUCGACACCCUCACGGUGCGGCAGAGGGCCGACGCCAGGUUCUACUACCUCGUCUCCGUGUGGCCUGCCCUGCUGGCCAUCACGGUGCCCAAGGUCGCCGUCGCGGGGCUGAUCACCCGGAUAUUCACCCCGCACGUCUGGACCAAGACCAUCAUGUCGGCCGUGGUCUGUGUCGGCGUCGUGAACUACAUCGUGAUAUCCGCCCUGUCGACGUUCCAGUGCCAGCCGCUCGCGGCCUCAUGGGACCCGAGGGUUCGAGCAGCUGAAUGUGUCAGCGUGAAGACAUAUCUGGACCUGUGCUAUUUCACAUCAUCUUACUCUGCCUCUGUCGACUGUUACCUGGCCAUCUAUCCGGCCCUCGUCUUCAGGAAGAUGGGGUUCAGCAUGAUCAAGAAGAUAAGUUUAAGUCUUGUCCUCGGCCUUGGAAUCGGGGCCACCGCAGUGGCCUGCCUCAAGAUCUCGUACCUCCACGUCCUUUCAAAUGAAGACUUCACUUGGACGCUGCCGCGGCUCACCAUCUGGACGAUCACCGAAGCAACCGUCACAAUCGUAGCGGCAUGCAUCCCAGUCCUCCACCCCCUCUACGACCGCGCCCGCACCGGACUGAGGAAGCUCUUCCCCGGCCUGCGGCGGUCCGACCAGGGUAUUACUGCCGGCCACGAGGUCCCCGUGCCCGGCGGGGCCGCCGAUCCUCCCGGGUUUUGGAGCCUGAAGCUAAGGGCGAUUGGCCUCGCAGAGUCAUGGUGGUCCAGCACGGCCGGCCGCACGUCGCGGCGCUCCGGGGCCCGGGGCCAGUUGGAGGAGGAGUACACCAAACGGCCGGCUUCGGGAACUGCGGUUUCUGGGGGCGAUGCUGUGGUCGUGGUUCACUCUGAGGGCGCGGGGCGGCAGAGCGACCUUGAGCGCUCGAGGGAAGUGACGGUCAGUGUGGACGGGGUGGUUGAGAUGUCAGAUAUGGAGCGAGGGCUGGACAUGGUUAGUGGGCAAGGCCCCGGGCAGGAUAGUGGCGCACACAGCACGGUCAUUGGGCAGAAGUGA